AUGGCGACCUCCUUUAAGAAAACAAAUGUGGCUGUUCCACGAGUUGUGAAAGAUAAAGUUACACCCGAUGGCGUGUAUUGGAAAAAAUUACAGGCACCAGUAACUGUAAAGGAGUAUGGGGCUAUUACCAGUAUAGACUUUUGCCCUGUGAAGCCACACAACUUUGCAGUGACUAACUCUAUGAGAGUGCAGAUCUACAGUGGAGAAGACAGUCAACUUCUAGGAACAGUGAGCAGGUUCAAAGAUGUGGCCUAUAGUGGAAGCUACAGGCGGGAUGGGAAGCUGCUUGUGGCUGGCACAGAAGACAAGCUCAUCAAGCUUUUCAAUCCCGGAACUCGCUCCCUGCUCAGAACUUUUGAAGGGCACACAGGGCCAGUCCAUACAACAAAAUUUCUGGAAGACCAGUUCAGAAUUAUUUCUGGUUCAAAUGACAAGACAGUCAGGGUGUGGGACAUCCCAACAGAAAAGGAAAUCCAUGUUUAUCAAGAACAUCAGGACUAUAUUCGAAGUUCAGUGGCAUCUCAGUCAAGUCAAGAUAUUUUCAUCACAGGUGCCUAUGAUCAUACAGUCAAGCUGUGGGAUGCCAGAGUGGAGAGCAGUGUCUUGACAGUAAACCAUGGCUUCCCUGUUGAGAGUGUCUUGAUGUUCCCCAAUGGUGGAAUAUUUUUCUCCGCUGGUGGUAACGUGGUUAAAGUAUGGGAUGCUCUAGCGGGAGGGAAACUUCUGGCCACACUGUGUAACCAUCACAAGACGGUGACGUCACUGUGCUUCUGCAGCAACUACGAGCGCUUUAUGUCUGCUUCUUUAGACAAACACGUGAAGGUGUACGACGUUGCCACCUACCAAGUGGUACACACGCUCAACUACUCGGGGCCAAUUCUCAGCCACGCUGUGUCGCCAGAUGACCAGUUGCUUGUUGUUGGCAUGACGGACAAAAUGUUAUCCAUACAACGAAGAAAACAAGAAACAGAACCCAAACCACAGACUAACGUCAGUAACAAGAGACGCAGGGGUCAGUCACAUUUGGUGAAGACGUUUGUGCCCAGCAAGACUGACAGCAUUGUGGCUUUAAAGAAACGGGAAAUCCUGGCACCCUACGACAGACAUCUGAAGUCUUUUAACCACACCAGAGCUCUAGAUGUUGCCAUCCACCCAAGGAUUGCCAAAAAAAGUCCAGAAGUGACAGUUGGUGUCAUGCAGGAAUUGAUACGACGAGGCCAUAUUGAGACGGCUCUGUCAGGCCGUGAUGAUGCCAGUCUGUCCUGUGUCCUGACAUUUAUCCACAAGAAUCUGAGCAAUCCUGCCUUCAUGUGUACACUGAUGGAUGUUUUCAACCUUGUUUUAGACAUCUAUGGCAUCUCAGAGUUGAUGAACAGUGGGCCCCUUGUCACCCUGCUGCUGAAAAUAAAAGAGCUUGUCAACACAGAGGUCAAGCUGAUGACCAGUGUCCAGGAGGUCAUGGGUUCCUUGGAUCUCUUGUUUGCAGUCAGUGAUAGCCAGGCAGUGUCUUCUGUUUUCAACAGCAAACCUUCAUUAGGUGAAACUGCUGAAAACAGUUACAACCAUUCGGAGCCUAUGCUGGGUGUUGAAAGUGAGGGGGUAAACAGUGGUGGAGUGCUCAGCUUGGAAGGCAAAAGUUUGUUAGAUGCUUUAGGUGUAUUAGCCAAACAGCAGAGUGCGGUUAAUGUAGCAUUGUAG